AUGGCUAAACAUCAUCCAGACUUGAUAUUCUGCCGUAAACAACCCGGCGUUGCUAUAGGACGAUUAUGUGAAAAAUGUGACGGUAAAUGUGUAAUCUGUGAUUCAUAUGUCAGACCAUGUACAUUGGUGCGCAUAUGUGAUGAGUGCAAUUAUGGUUCAUACCAGGGUCGAUGUGUUAUAUGUGGUGGACCUGGAGUAUCGGAUGCAUAUUAUUGUAAGGAAUGUACAGUUCAAGAAAAAGAUCGAGACGGAUGUCCAAAAAUUGUAAAUUUGGGAAGUUCAAAAACAGAUCUAUUUUACGAACGGAAAAAAUAUGGGUUCAAACGAAGAUAG